CUACACAUACAGACUACAGAGACUGUCUUCAACCAAGAGUGGAGUUAAAUCUAAAAUGGCAUCAGCUGCUGAUAAAGUCCUUGUUAUUGGUUCUCAAAUUUUUCCAUUAGUUCAAAAGCAAUUGCGUCCAAAAGACUACAAGCCUCCAUUUAGUAGAGCUAAAAAGGUUCCUCGUACAGUUGCUAAUUAUCGAGUUACUGGAGGAAACAUUGCUGCUAUUGACUUUGGUACUACUUCAGUUUCACUGGCUUACACUACCAAAGGAUAUAAAAUGAUAAAUACAUUCAUACUUGAUGUUCAAGAGAAAGCAGCAAGAGAUACCAAUGCUGUUCUGUUCAAGAGAGAAGGGAAAGCAAUAUCAGUGGCAGCUUUUGGGAAUACAGCUAGAUCUCAGUUUACAACAAUGAGGAAAGAUGAAAAUUUUGAUCAAGAAUAUAUCUAUUUUGAAAGAAUCAAAAUGUUACUAAAAAGAGAAAAAAAUGUUGACAGACAGGUACUUGUUGAAUCAUUUUCUGGUGAGAAGUUUUAUCUGAUUGAAGUCAUUGCCUUCAUACUGCAGUACUUGAAGGACAAGUUAAUAGGUUUACAUUCUCGUGGUGCUACGCCAUUGAAGACAACAGAUUUUGAUUGGGUCAUUACUGUACCUGCUAUAUGGGAUGCACGAGGAAAAAGAAUGAUGAGAGAAGCUGCUUAUAUGGCUGGUCUCCUAACAAAGUCUAAAAGGAUCAGUGAGUUCACUCCUAUAUCAAGCAGUCCUUUACCAGUACCAUUUGAAGUUAAUCCUGACAAGCUAUCACUAGCAUUAGAGCCUGAAGCAGCAGCUCUUUAUAGUCAGGAAACAGUAGUAGAGCAGAUCAAAGGUCAACCAUCAGCAGCAGCUAUCAGUCGACCUACAGAGUAUAUGGUGAUUGAUGCUGGAGGGGGUACAAUAGAUAUCACUGCUCAUAUUGAAGUAGAUGGAGGUAUUGUAGUCCAGAAUAUACCUAGUGGCAAUACAUGGGGUGGUACACAGGUUAAUGAGGCAUUCUCUAAACUACUUCAAGAAAUAGUCAGUGAUCCUGGCUUUGAGAAAUUCAUUGCUUCAGGAGAUCAUACCAAAAAUCGAGCUACACUAAUUAAAAUUGUGUACAUUGAAUUUGAAAAACAAAAGGUGCUUUUUGGCCAAGGAAAAAUCAUCAAAGAAAUUGCAGUAGAACUUCCAAGAAAUUUUGUCAGAUUUUACGAGAAAGUUCUUGUUAAGCAAGCAACAAAAAUGAGUGGUACAGAGUUCAAACCAGAUGAUAAUGACACACUUUUCAUUGAUGAAAGUGUCACAGAGUCUAAGCUGUUUGGUCCAGUUAUCCAAGGCAUUAUCGAUUGCACCCUGGCAGCUAUUGACAAAAUUGAUAACUGCCCCAAUACGUUUUACCUGGUUGGUGCUUUUGGAGGGUGCAAAUACGUUCAUGAAAAGGUCAGUGCUGCCAUAAAGAGUCACUAUCAGUCUAAAGGUCACAAAGGCACAUGCACUGUGAUAGUACCUCCUACUCCUCAAUUAGCUGUUGCUACUGGAGCUGCUAUGUGGCGUAAGAAUCCUGAGAAAUUCAAAGCAAGACGAGUUGAUGCAACUUAUGGAAUAGGAGCGUCAUUUCCAUUUGAUCCUAAAAAACACAAUGAAGCUUAUAAGUAUUACAAUGAAGAGCAAAAAGAAUACAAAUGUGAUUACAUAUUCAGCAUCUUUCUAGAGAAAGGAGAAUUAGCUAAAGCUGAUGAGGUAGUUACUAUAACUUUAUCUCCAAGAUACUCAGCUGAUACUAGAAUGUGCAUCAACAUCUAUUCAACACUUCAACUUGGGAUUCAGUACUACACAGAUGAGAAGAAGAAACUAAUUGUUACUGCAAUUGGUAAACUUGAUAUUGAUAUACCUAAUCCUGACAACUUGCCUCGUAGUGAUCGUAAAGUUGAUAUCACAAUGGAUUUCAGUGGUACAGAGAUACAAGCAAAAGCUCACUAUUGUGUGACUGGCAAAGAAGUUAAAAUUGUAUGUGACUUUCUUUCUACUUAGUCUUAGACAAAAAUUAGUAUUGAAUCUAGCUAAGAAACCUUGAGAUCAUUAUUUAA